AUGCAAACAUUUAAACUGCCUAAUUAUCCAUUUGAAAGAAUAUAUAUAGCGCUUUAUAUAAAUAUUAAAAAUUUGAAUCAUAUAAAAGAUCAGCUUUUAUCUCAAAAUUCUGAUUUUAAUUAUGCGUUUAUUGAUGCAUCAACUGCAAUUUCACUCUAUCAAGUAUUAGCAGCAGUACAUAAUUCUAUUAGGAAUUAUAAAGAAAAUGAAUUACAAACUAAGAACAUUAAUUCUGAGAUAGUUUAUUCACUAUCGCCUACUUCAACUAUUAUAGAUGCCUUUGACAGAUUUGGGAUAACGGAUAAAACUGAAAGUCUCAUUAUUGUUAAAAUUAAUGGUGAAGAAGAGCAAAUUAAAAAAGAACUUGAAAAAAUAGUAAAUGGAACUGAACUAGAACCUAAUGACUUUAAUAUUAAAAGAAUAUGUAAUAUGACGAAAAUUCGAAUGAAUUAUAAAUUAGAUAAAGAGAGAUACAAUGAUUUAGGAAAGGUUACUAAUAUAAUAAUAAGUUCUAUGGCUAUGAGGUCAAUAAUUUAA